AUGCACCUGCAGCCGACAGAGAAGUGCUUUGACAAUGCCUACCUGUCGCAGGGCGGCAGAGGACGAAUGAUGGAACUUGACACCAGGCUUGAGCAGCUCGACGAUGUCUUUGGAUCCGCCUCGGCAUCACUCCUCGAGCAUGAGGUGACUGACCUUCACCCAUCCGAUAUGCAUCGACUGGAGACUGAGCAUGCGACUGCUGGCUAUAGAGAAGGAGUCACUGCUGCCAAAGGAUUGACUGUUCAGGCGGGCUUUGACGAGGGCUUCAGCUUGGGCUCAGCCAUUGGUUUGCGAGCCGGGCAGCUGCUCGGAAUGAUGGAGGGGAUCGUGGAUGCGUUGCCAAGUCGGCGCCAUGAAGAUGCUGAUGCGUCCACGAGGCUACUGAAGGAGGCGCAGAACGAACUGACAAUCAGCAAAAUCUUUGACGCGGAGUACUGGGCGCCAGACGGCAAUUGGACGUUUGAGGUGGUCCCUAGUGAUGGCGUCCAACCCGUCUUUUCUGACGUUGCCAAUGCGCAUCCUUUAAUCCAGAAAUGGAGCAGGACUGUCGCCCAACAGGCCGAGUUGUGGCACAUUAACCCAUCCAAGCUGGAUCAUGACAGCGGACCCCAUCUUGACAUGGCUCCCAUCGAGCCACUCCUUCUUACCGCACCGGCAAGAACAGAGCAGCCCCUCGAUUGUAAAAGGGGCCAAAAACGCUGCUCAGCGGAUCCAGAAACCAACUCGCUCAAGCAUGGAGUGGCCACACGGGAUCUGAACGACAAGGCAAACGCAACUCUGGGAGGUCAGAGCUUGCUUCACCAACGAAAGCCCUGCCAGCCACCGUCACCAUCGAAAUCAAAGGUCAAGGUUUAUGAUCCUGAAAGGGAAUUUCGGCAAUUGGCUGGCUCCGAAUACCUUCCAGCAUUGCGCUUAGCCAGGGAGGAUAAUGUCACGGCAGACGCUUGCCGGAACCCUUGA